UACGCCUUGGUGGUUCUGCUGGGUCUCCGGCUAGAGCAGGGCGCCUGCCAGCACUAUCUGCACAUCCGACCGGCUCCCAGCGACAACUUGCCCUUGGUGGAUCUAAUCGAGCACCCGGACCCUAUCUUUGACCCCAAGGAGAAGGAUCUUAACGAGACCUUGCUAAGGAACCUCAUGGGCGGUCACUUCGACCCUAACUUUAUGGCUAUUUCCUUGCCCGAGGACCGGCUCGGAGUGGACGAUCUAGCUGAGCUGGACUUGCUGCUCAGGCAGAGACCCUCGGGAGCGAUGCCCAGCGAAAUCAAAGGGCUGGAGUUCUACGACGGGCUGCAGCCGGGCAAGAAGCACAGGCUGAGCAAGAAGCUGCGCAGGAAGCUGCAGAUGUGGCUUUGGUCCCAGACCUUCUGCCCGGUCCUAUACACGUGGAACGAUCUCGGCAGCCGCUUUUGGCCCCGGUAUGUCAAAGUGGGCAGCUGCUACAGUAAAAGGUCUUGUUCAGUCCCCGAAGGCAUGGUUUGCAAACCUGCCAAGUCCGUGCAUUUAACGAUCCUGAGGUGGAGGUGCCAGCGCCGGGGAGGGCAGAGGUGCACAUGGAUACCCAUCCAGUACCCCAUCAUUUCGGAGUGCAAGUGCUCCUGCUAGGGCUGGCACUUACCUUCUCGCCCCUUCUCCAGCGGACUCACGUGGACCUUUGCUGCAACAGAAAUAAAAGACAUUUGCUUUCUGGUUAACGUUGUAAUGCACUGUAACGUGUAGGAGAAUGUAUAUUGUGUGUAUAUAUGGCACCGGUUUAAUAUACUAUUAAAAGGUCAGUAUUAUACGUGAAAUAAUCAGCGUCUACUGUAUUUCUAAGACUAUUACCCUGAUCGUUGCUAAUGUAUCUUUUUUUUUUUUUUUUUUUGGUAUUUAUAUUCCAGAGAGAAGUUGCUUCGCUUUGGCGAAGUAGGUUUUUUGUUGGGUGUGUGUUUUUUUUAAUAAAAGGAUUAAAAAAUACAAACCAAACUUUUUGAUAAGAAAACGGUUAAAGCUAUUUUCCAUUAUUCGGAAAGCGCGUGUGUGAGGUUUUUUUGUUGUUUUUUUUCCUUACGGACUUUAGAUUUAAAAUAAAAGUGAAUAAACGCCUAGAGCACAAUGUUAUUGUAAAUAGAGAGAACAGUUUGAAUGACUUAAUCCUAUGUAAAUGAAGAGUAUCUGCUAUUUAUUCUUUAUAUCCUUGUAGUAAAAGUGCAGUGCAGAAUUAAAGUCAACCACUAAAACACGA